GGGGGUCCGAUCGGAACGACUCAAAUACCUCAGUUUCAUUCGGUAGUUGGUUCGUACGGUCCGUAGAAACAAGUUUGUGUUUAAAUCUCGAGGAAUUUCUGUUGGGAGAAGAAUAAAAAAAAGACUGUCGUAUAUAUCGGUGUCAGUAGGAAACCGACAAAAUGUGCGACAAUACAGCGCCGUCGACGCAGAGCAUAGCGGACUAUUUGGCACAGCUGCUGAAAGACAGAAAACAACUGGCCGCUUUUCCGAAUGUGUUUAUACAUGUCGAACGUCUUCUGGACGAAGAAAUAGCACGAGUACGAGCUAGUUUAUUUCAAAUAAAUGGCGUCAAGAAGGAACCCCUCAUAUUACCAGAACCCGAAGGUCAACCCACCACCCUCACAGAAAAAGUAUACGUACCAGUAAAAGAACAUCCAGAUUUCAAUUUCGUUGGAAGGAUUCUAGGACCUAGAGGUAUGACGGCGAAACAGUUAGAACAAGAAACGGGCUGUAAAAUAAUGGUCAGAGGGAAGGGCUCAAUGAGAGACAAAAAGAAGGAGGACCAGAACAGAGGUAAACCAAAUUGGGAGCACCUAUCAGAUGAACUCCAUGUUCUACUCACAGUCGAAGACACAGAAAAUAGGGCACACAUAAAGUUAGAAAGGGCCGUAGAAGAAGUAAAGAAAUUGUUAGUACCUCAAGCUGAAGGUGAAGAUGAAUUAAAAAAGAGACAGCUGAUGGAAUUGGCUAUCAUAAAUGGAACAUACCGAGAUUCAAGUACAAAAGCAGCUGCAGCGACAGCAUGUGAUGAGGAAUGGAGGAGGGUUGCAGCAGCUGCAGCAGACGCUCAAAGAUUAUUGUCGCCGGGUAUCCCUGGCCUGGCUACCCCGAUGAGGACGCCCACUACACCACUAGGAGCUCCCCUCAUUUUAUCGCCACGCAUGUCGGUGCCCACGACAGCGGCGUCGAUACUCAACGGUUCCGCGCCUCCAGAAUUCCACUCAGAAGCCUUUGAUUUAAAUGGAAGAUGUGUGAUAGGCGGUAACAGAUGGAUGUUGUGUUCACUGCUGUCGCCCGGGGAUCCACACGGGCUCAUCUACACCCCCUACGCCGAUUACACGAAUUACGCAGCCCUGGCUGCCUCGCCCCUACUGACUGAGUACGCGACGGCAGAUCAUUCUGGUGCAGCAGCGGCCGCUGUGGCUGCUAAGCAGCGAAGACAUUUGGGACAAAUCAGGGAUCACCCCUACCAAAGGGCUGGUGCUCUAUCUUAGAUAGACCUAAGAAGGCUUGGAGUGCUAACUUGACACCUGCCGCGGCUCUCCAACUAACGGAACAUACACCGGACCAUCGAGGUAGCGGUAUGUCUAACAUUACCACAGAAUUUAUACAUCUUUUCUGUGACAUUACAUCACUAACACUUACCACCGAAUGUAGUGACACGAAAAUUUCCAGUCUGUCCAACCCUCCAGAUGAACAGCUAGGAUAAUUCUGCGAACUUUAAAUAAUGCCAUACUGAUUUGAGAUAACACUUAGAUUUUGGAUCUGAAGGAUUUUAUAUAGAAUUGUAGACUGACUUUGUCCAUCGUUUUCGGCCUGUAUCGGCCGGAGUUGUCAACCGCGAUCGGUUAUAUUUGAAAUUAUUCGAGGAAAAGUUUGUUAUCGUUAACAAAAUUUACGGAGGAUUGAAUUUAUAAGCGAUUUUUGCGGUUGCAACUGUUCUUAUUCAAAUCAGUAUUUAGUUUUUGAAUCAUCAGUUUUGAACAUGCAGUAAUCUCGUUUCGAAACCUUACCUUGUAUAGUUGUAGAUUUUUUUCGUUUGAUUUAGAUCUGAUUUUUUUAUACGUCUUUCUCCUCGUACAUUAAUUAUUUUGUGGUUCAGUUCGCCAUUUUCAAAGUUUAACUCUGUGUAUAAUUAUCUGUGAAUGGACGAGUUCAGGAACGCUUACCAACCUUUGUUCUAUGUUCUAUGAAGUGUCAAAUCUGGUUAUAGAAAACACUGAGAUUUCACAUAGAGGAGCAUCUAGUAAUUGAGGUGUUCUGUGACGAAACCAUAAAUAUAGGAAGAAAACGCCAAAUAAUGUCAAAACUUCGAUUGACAACAGAAUAUGAAUUAAGGCACAAAUUUAACUUUGAAAAAUUCGUUUCUAUUCUCAGAGUUUCAAGGAGUAUUUACAGGGUUGGCGUUUCCGAACUCGCCCAUUGAGAAAUCAAGACGAAUUUUGAAAUUCCCGAAACGGCACGACAAAAUUCAGUGUGGAUUAAAUAUCUAACUAGUAUCCCCGAUACUUGAUUGGUCUUAUCCUAACAAAUAGCGAUCUGAUGAUUUUUUAUUGAAGUACAAACUAAUUUGAAAGUGCCAAUGGUAUUUUAUACAGAGUGAUUUUUUUUAAGUUUCGAAAAUAUUGGAUUGUAAAUAGUUGUUUUUUUUUUCUGGGAAGACUUUAUUUGAAGUCUUUAUCACACUGUAUGAAAUGGAUCUUAUAUUGUUGAAAUUGAAACAUCGAAGAAUUCUGAAAUUUUAAUUUUUCGGGCUGUCAGAUUGUUGCUGUCGAUUUCUGUGGUUUCCAUCCAUGGGCUUCUCACUAAUUUGAUCUGUGGUUUCAUUUCAUCGAUACAAAUUUUGAAGAAUGAUUAUUUAAUUUAUCUAAUAAUUUAAUUGAUCUAUACUAAUGGGUAACAUUUGAAUAACGUGAAAUAUUUUGUAAUUGAUCCUCCAGAUAUCAGAAGAAAACCAUCUGAUAGCCCUGUGAAACUUGCAGUUAGUAUUACAUUGUUUAUUACUUCUUGUCGAAGUAUUUUCGAAUAGUACUUAUAAGAUAAAUAUCGAUCAAAUUCGUUAAAAGCAAGUAAUUUUCGAAUUAGGUAAUUAUUACUACGUUACUUAAAUUUAUACUCAAGGAUUUUGAUCGUCAGAUCAGAAAUGUUAAUUGGCUAAAUUUUGACGGAUCCAAACUUGAAAGUUUGCACCGCUCGUGAUUUUUUUUCAAUCAAUUUAUCGUUCUUUUUGAUUUGAGUUAAAAAUGUCGUAGACUUACGCUGAGGGUGGAUUUUUGAAUAGGAAGGCAAUAGCUAGAAAGAAAUAUUUUGCCGGUAUCGAAUAUUUUUCCGUCCUAAAAAAAGCAAUAAAUUGAUAUGUUCGAUGGAUUUUCGAUCGAUGAGAGCAAUAUUUUCGUUUCGUUUAUAAUUAUCGAUAUAUUUGGAGUAUUGAGCAACGAAAAGUUGUUCAUUUCAUCUUAAAGCCCAAGCUGGAAUAUGUUAGCUGAUAAAAAGUGGACAUCCAUAUGUAAUUCAUCAAAGAAAAUCUCCGAUAUACAAAAAUUAACAGCUGUUGGUAAAGUGCAAUGGAAAAUCUUAAUUGUGCAAUCGCUUCCUUCAUAUAGUAGAUGUUUUUAUUAUGAAAAGUUUAAUCACUGUUGUACUUAGAAUCUUAUUUAUAAACAGCAUAUUUUAACUUCUUUUGUUACUUUUUUACCAUAAUUUAGAGCCGAUCGCCCUUUAUAAUUUCGAAUAAAUUUAAGAUUUAGGACGCAUCAAUAUGGUAGCUUGAGAACUCAAAUCAUUUAUAAUAAUAAUCGUUUUGUAGAUAUAUAUUAUUGUGUCAUAUUAAUAAUAUUAAUGUUAUUGAAGGAUUAAUUGUUGAUAAAGAAUUAUAACCCUACUUUGGGUAGAUCUGAUACUAUUGAGAUUAUGUAUUCUUAAAUCGCACAUAUUAAACAUUAAUUAUAUUA